GCAACUGCUAAAUCAUUUGUCAUUCAGGUCAAUCGUCCCUUGUUUCACCAUCGACGCGUUAAGGACUGUAAGACAUUUUGCUGCAGAUACUUCACUUGUACAACCGACGCUCUUCCAGGAACCCAACUUCGCCAACCAGGCGGCCCAGGGAAUCCUAGUAAACUUUCGUCUUCCCCAAGAACAACGAUAUCCCAGUCACUAGGAAGCCCCAGCAAAGAUGGACUUCUCCGCCGGUGGUGUAGGCGCGAUUCACCAAACAAACGCAGACAGUCUACAGCAGCAACAUCAACAUGAUCAACCUACAUGGCUUCAGCAACACCUGCCAUUGCAACAACCGUCGGGAAACAACGUUGCGCUGUUUGUGUCACCAUCAGCCUUGACUUCAGCCCCCGCAGCCCCUUGGCUUACAGCGGAUCGACAAUCGUCAACCUCGACGCAAAAUACUAAGUCAUUGCAGGACUCACCUUCCGGCAACCUUGUUGAGUCUCUGUCCUCGCCGGAAAGUUCCGUGUCGUCGCCUGUUGGCCCCCAUACUUGUAAUCCGGCAAAGAAACCGCAGGCGGUUCAACCAGUAGACUCAACGGAGGCACGAAAACGCCGCAGAGGCCGGCCAAGGCUUUCGGGGACUAGCCAGCGCGCCGGGGCAGCAUCGACAGCUGCAAAAACAACAAAAAAGAGCAAACAGAAAUGUGCCUCAACCGCUUCAACAAGCGGGCUCGACGAGUUGAGCAGUCAUCUUAGCGGCGGCGACAGCAAGAGGAACAAGAUCCGCGCACGUAAUCGCGAGGCCGCGUAUAAGUGCCGGCAGAAAAAGCAAAAGGGUAUUGAGAAAUUGCAAACGCAAGAGGCGAUUAUCAAAGACAUUAAUAAGAGUCUCAACACCGAAGCGGCGAUGUUGCGCGACGAGAUCCUGAUGCUGAAACACAUGGUUCUCCAACAUGGUGGAUGCGGGUGUUCUUUCAUUGAGGACUAUAUCUCAGGCGCAGCUCAGAAUCUAGUGCAAUCUGGCACUAUGACCGAUGCUAUAACUGAUGGUGGAAACACGCAGACAAGCAGUCAGCCCUGCAUGACCGGGGCUAAUGGUGAGGGUUAUAUCGACUAGCAGGUAUUCGACAGGGACAAUAAUGCAGACGUUCCCUCUCUGGAUCGGAGAACGGUUUCUCUGAUCUCGACGACACCGCAGGUCACACCGCGGAAACCUCGUCUGAAGGAGCUUCGAUUUUUUGCGCGGAGGAAGGGAAGGGAAAACCGAGUACUUUCCGAAUCUUGUGGGUUAGUUGGUAUCGAUCAGCAGUUAACAGGCAGGGGUCCAUUUGUGUAUAUUGAUGAGCGUAAUGAAUGAGAGGAUGAUGGUGUUAGAUUGACGCCUGUGUCCGGAUUAAAGGCUGUCAAAACUACAAUACUCGCAUAAAUGUAAUAUGCAAAAACCGGUGAGAACGGGUAGAUACAAGACAGAACCCCGCUUCGACCGGGAUGGGGAGAAUCCCUCAAUCAAGCACAACAACCACUCUUUGAUCAAUGAACCCAGGUGUAUU